CCCGUUGCAACCACCUUUACCCCUUUCAAUCAAAGGUAUCCCUCUUCGUCUUGACAUUCGACUACAUCUUGCACGAUCCACUGCUACAGCUCAAGUCCCUCUACUUGACUACAUGGAGCCCUCCAGACUCCAACUCAUGACCCGCUCAUAAUGCCAUUGCCAGUCGAACGUUCCCAAGGCUCUGUGAGUAGGCUGUAAGGGGAUCAGAAGAGCUGGGAUAUCUCUCGUCACGCUAUCCUGCACCCGAUAUUGCCAUCUGCCCAGCUGACCUUCGCCACCAGGUCUCCGCUUUGGUCGCUAGAUUUCAGACCGCCGCGAACAGAGAUGCUGAACAAGGUCGUCGAAUGUCUCUCCCGCCUCCUUCUAGCUCCAGACGAAACAGCUCAUUGGGUGUCUCCCCGAACAAUACUGGUGGUCGCGAUACGACGGUAACCCAUUCACAAGUUACCAGUGAACCCACUGUCCCAGCUCCGGGUCACGUCAACGAACCGGUCGCCGAUCUCGUCGAGAAAGAAGUCAAGGAGACUCAAGGAAAGGACACUGUGGAGCCCAUCGUCGAGGAUACGGAGGCGGAAAAUGGUCAAUCUGAUCAGGUACUCGAAGACACGCCUGUCCGAGGGGACAAGACCUCGAGUCCAGCACCCGUAGAAAAUCACACCGGUAACGACGCGACGAGCUCUUCUUCUAUCAGUCCGGUCAAAGUCACUGACAAGGCGGAACACGAGUCCAAGGAGGAGGUUGAGGAUAUCUCAGCCGAGCCUAUCGAAGCGAAAGAGCCUGCAGCGCAAAAGACCCCUUCCAAAUCCCGUCUGUCUUCUCAACCAUCACCUCUCAAGGUCGCGGAAACUCCCACGCCUUUGAAGAAGGGCACGAAACUCGUUCCAAAGGUGGCCGGAACACCGAAUAAACACAAACAAUCUAUCUCAGCUGCAGCCAAGGUCGCCAAAGAUUCCACGCCAGCUUCGUCCAAAACCAAGCCUAGCCAGCCCUCAUCCCCUACCACGACUACUUCCCUUCGGAAAUCUGUCCGCUCCGCCAAGACGGAUCCGGCGCCGCUCACCCCUACUAAGUCUGAAUCGUCGAAGCCAUCCAAGGCAGGUGCUACGCUUCAUCAGUCUGCCACUACCCCGGUCAACAAUGCUACAUCUAGCGCGUCGAUCACGAUUCUACCUCGCUCAACCAAAAAGGCGUUAGCGCGUCCAUCCACAUCUCAAGGCGCUCUCAGUACGCCCAAGGCUAAGACUGCUACAUCUGAUGCCAUACCACCAAUGCCGGCUGAAUCCAAAUCCCCGGAAGACAGUCUCACACCACUUCGACCUCAGCUGACGGGGCACACCGCGUCUUCCUUGGCGAAAACCCGAACACCUGUGGCCCAGAAGACGAUGAGAGCACAGACCAGCAUGUCUCUAGGUCGGGCCUCUGGGUCUAGGGCUCGACCGAGGCCUUCCAGUCCAACCCCUGCCGGUGGAGAACGGUCUGGUCAUGGAAAAAUGUCGUCGUCAAGCUCUACGUCGAGACUCAUGCAGGGCACAGCUGCUUCUAGAGCUCGUGCUGCCGACUCGCCUUCGCUCAAAGCAAAGACAUGGAGCCGGUCUGGGACAGUCAAGGAUCUGAAAAAGGCAUCAGAGACCGGUACGCUUGGCAGAGCAAAGACUUCCCAGCAGAAGGACGAAUCGACCGGUACAGCAAUCGUUCAUAGCAAAACGACCGUCACUGGGAGACCGGAGACAUCACGAUUGACAUCUAACGAAGAAAAAACCAAUCUGGCGACGAGGGGGAACGGACAAGACGGAUCGCAAGAGCCGGCAAUCGCAACAUCGAUAUCAAAAGAACCUGAAUCCAAGCAUUACGACCAUGACGCCCCAGCAGACGAGACAACUAGAAGCGCAAAAGUAUCGCCAGCAUCAGGCCCGUCGACAGAAGAUUCACGCGAAGCUUCAGGAGGAGCUGAACGGGGAGGAGAGCAGCUCGAUGACCAAGCCCAAGGGAAAGAAGUCGGGAAGAUGGAGCAAGCAGGCGAGGCGGACGUGGAAGCGAUUAGUUAGGGGAUUAAUGAGCGUGUGAGAGCUACGGCGGGAGGACAAAAUCCGCAGAGCGGGUAGAGUGAUGAGAAUAUCCGAUAUAUGAGCUAGUCUCUGCUGCAUUUCAUGUAUAUACUUGUGCUG